AUGUAUUGUGACCUUGAAGACUCGUUGGAGGAGUUUGAUAUUCGUUACAUCGAGGCUUGUAAUCAAGUUAAUUUAGACGUUGAUAGCAUUCUUAGCCAACCUUCUUCUGACAGUGCCAAUGUUUAUACUGGUACUUCUGUUGUUGCUGCUACUACUGCUGCUACUGCUACUGCUACUGCUACUGUUUCCGCUUCAACUGCUGCUGCUGCUGGUUUCGGUAAAUCAAAAAUUGGCAGGUCCAAUCUGAUUUCUUCCCAAACUAAGAAGCUAACGUUAUCGUCCCCUUUACUUGCCAAUAAAGAACUUUCUAACUUCACCUGCUAUGAUAAGAAGCAAAGAGAAUCUACAUUGGCAUUUAACGUCGAUGUAUCACCAACUUCUACGCAGCCUCCUGCUGUUUCCUAUACAAUGAAGCCUCCUCAGAAACAACUGUUGACAAACAGUGUACCUCCACUUGCUCCACCAAUCCUCACCAUUGACUCAUUCCAGAAACCAUUUGAGUUUAGAUCUCAUUCGCUAAGCACGUCGCCCCAAAUUCAUCAGCGUAGAACCACGGUAUCAUCUAACACACCGCCCAUUACUGGCCAACCUCCCUUAUUUAGAAGGAGGGCCACUUAUUCCUCAGCCUCAUCUAUAGGCAACCCAUUCUACAAACCGUCUACAUUACAUAAAAAGGAAGUAGAACAAAAUAGACCAUCGACCUCAUCAUCGUCGCCUUCGUUUUCAAACAAGAACUCCAUUACUUCGUCAUUUUUAGAUGAUUCAACGUUGAAUUCACUCCUCGAAACCGACUUUUUAUCUACGAGUAUCCAGAAGAAACGCAAAGUGUCAUCAGACUCAUUUUCGUUAGAAUCAUUCUUCACCUCGGAAAUUGCAUUGGAUGAAGAGUUUGCCACGGAUUUCGUGUUGUAUCAGGAUUCCAAUGACCUUUCAGGCUUAGCCAGUGAUGCUAAAUGA